AUGCGGAUUGACAGAGAUGGCAAAAUAUGCAAGUCCAGAGAAGCCAUUCUGACAAAAAAUGGGACAAUCUUUCGCGUCUUUAUAAUCCAUGUUCCAUCUGGACCCUAUGGUAGAAAAACAAACAGAGAAUGCAGAGAACGAAGAACAGUGAGGAGAGAAUGUGCACCAGCACUGCAGAUUUUUCGGCUUGCUGUUGCCAACUUGCCAAGCGAUGAUUUUCAAGAAAUAUCAGUGGCAAAUAGUUUUCUGGAGCAGUAUUUAAGUCUUUUCGCCCAUGAAGAUGUAAGAAGUGGAAUCCAAUAUUCUAUCAGGGAAGGAUAUCAUUCGUCAACUUCACCAUCGUCUUCAUCUUCAUCACCAUCCUCUUCUUCUUCUUCUUCCAGUGAUGAUAACUGUAACGUUACAGCAAAAAGUUCGUCACAUAAGAGAAAGGCAGGAAGGAGGAAGUUUAAAGAGACUCGCCACCCCAUUUAUAGGGGUGUCAGGAGGAGAAAUGGGAAUAAAUGGGUUUGCGAAAUGCGUGAGCCAAACAAGAAGACGAGGAUUUGGUUGGGGACUUUUCAAACCCCGGAAAUGGCAGCUAGGGCUCAUGAUGUUGCUGCCCUGGCUCUUCGUGGUGACCAUGCUGCACUCAACUUUGCUGACUCUGCUUGGCGUGUGGCACGAGCUCAAUCAUCCUUGGCUAGCGAUAUUCAAAUCGCUGCACUUCAAGCUGCUCAAGCUUUUAGACCAUCUUUGGUUGAUGCAAACCCUUCUUCCUCAUCUUCGCCAAGUUUGCAACAUGGAGAUCCUGUAGAGAAGUUUGAUUGUAAGAAUUCAUCCGCGAACGAUCCUUUAGAUGUUAAGGGCCAAGAUAAGGUCCCAGAUCAUCCAAUAUUGGGAUUGAUGGAUGUUGAGAUUGGUGCAGAAAAUAUUUGUUGUCAUUCUGCAACGAUGUUCGUGGAUGAAGAGGCAGUGUUUAACAUGCCAGCCUUAAUUGAUAACAUGGCGGAGGGUAUGCUAUUAACUCCGCCAGCAAUGAAGAAAGGGUUCCAUUGGGACAAUGGAGAGGGUGAUGACAUUGAGUUAACUUUAUGGAGGGACUGA